AUGGCCAAACCUGUGGAAAGUGUUCCGGAAGAGCUGGAAGAGGUCGAGGCGGUGGAGCCAGAACGUAAGCCCCACAAAGAGCCGGAUAGAGGGCAAACGGAGGAGCCACAACCCAAGCCUCACAAAGAGCCUCAUGGAGGGCAAGUGGAGGACCCACAACCCAAGCCUCACAAAGAGCCUCAUGGAGGGCAAGUGGAGGAGCCAGAACCCAAGCCUCACAAAGAGCUGGACAAGGGGCAAGUGGAGGAGGCAGAACCCAAGCCCCACAAAGAGCCGGACAGGGGGCGAGUGGAGGAGCCAGAAUCCAAGCCGAACAGAGGGCAAGUGGAGGAGUUAGAACCCAAGCCUCACAAAGAGCCGGACAGGGGGCAAGUGGAGGAGCCAGAACCCAAGCCCCACAAAGAGACUGACAGGGGGCAAGAAGAGCAGCGAGAACCGAAGCCUCAAGCAGCAGCUUCAAGUAGUCCUCCGCCAGCUGCAGAACAGCCUGCGCCUCAUCCUGCCGUUCCGCCUUCGGGAAGCAAGGCUCCCGCACCGGCUGACACGGGAGGCCAGACAAAGAGCCGAAAGGAGACUUCGCAGUCGUGGUGGGGUCGCUUUUCUUCGUUUUUCGUCGCGCCCCCGCCCGAGAAGGUGGAGACUCAGGCAAAGUCAGAGCCGUCAGCGCCUCCUGCAUCUGCAGAUCAGCCGGAACCUCCGCUCCCGGCCCCAGCGAGUCCACCACCUUCUGACUCCAGUUCGAGGACAGACGAAGCACAGCCAGCUCAGCCAGCUGCCCAGCCUCCAGAUGCACCUCUCGUGCCAAGCACUGCAGACCGGCGUUCGGGAGCCUCGGAAGAGCCCCCAACCGAAGAGCCGAUGGUGGCUCCCAAUGCGACUGCUCCCGACGAGAAGCCAAAGGGGUGGGCUCCGGAUGACGACGAAAGGGCGAUCAUCGCGAGGUUUGCGAAGCGCUGGCAG